AUGCGCCUGUGCGUAUUGCUCUUAGCUGCCCUUGUGGUGGCCACAGAAGCCGUAGAUCCGUGCAAACGACAACCAUUCCGCGGGCGGUGCCCAUCACAAAACGGCGAGACGCCGAAGAGGUCACAAUUUGUGCUCAGAUACUACUUGAGGAACGGAGAAUGUGUUAGUUACCCAUAUGGACACUGCGCCACGGAUCCGACGGAACCAAACCUCUACCGAUACAAGGAGGAGUGUGAGGAUGCUUGUAUCAGCAAUGCACCAGCCAACCUUGGAGUACCAAAAAGCACCACCGAGGAUUAUCAGAAGGAAAUCUUGUCAAAAGAGGUCAAAAGAGUUGAGUUCUAUGUCACAUCAACUCUAAACUAUGGGGCACCAGUUGACACCACCACUAUCAGAAAUGUUUAUCCACUUCCUGUCACCACCACCGAAACCCAAGCACCACCACACCAUACUACAAAACCCUACCAAUAUCAUUACACAUCCCCCACUACCACCACAACAAAAAGACCACCAACCACCACGACCACGGAGGAUCCUCAACCAUUCGAAUUCCACGAGCUGCAAGAACAAGCUGAGAAUCCGAUUCCAUUGGAUCCAAAAAAUUCACUACAAGAAACGUCGGAGCAAGUCGACGAGCAACCUUUUAACUUCAAAGAACCUACUAACUCUGCCAGUGAUGGCUCCCAACAAUCGGUUGAGUCUACCACUACCACAACUGAAUCCCCAACCACUGAGGCUUCUACCACAACCACUGAAGCUCCAACCACCACUACUUCCGAGGAGGUCACUACCACUGAGAUCACCACUGAAGCUCCAACCACCACCGAAGAGGUGACUACCACUGAGACCACUAUAGAAGCUCAAACCACCACAACGACCGAACGCAUGUCUCCAUCAACCACCAAAACCUCCACCACCACCACUGCCAAACCAACAACAACAAGAUCCACAACAACUCAACGUCCUCAGACCGUCGCAACUACUGAGGCUCCAACCACCACUACUGUUGAGGAUGUGACGACUCGUGCACCACGAACCGAAUGUGAACGUCGUCGUGCUUCUGCUUCAUCUUCUUCCAUUCGUGGAGGAUUUGUUCCAGCUUGCACUGCUUCCGGAGAUUUCGAGCGUGUUCAGUGCGAGACCAACGGGCGACAAUGCUUCUGCGUUAACACCCAAGGUAUUGAGGUGCCAAACAGCAGAACUCGCGAUGGAACUAGACCUGAUUGUUACAGCAUUCAAUCUUCCCGCACAGUCAACACCAAGGAAUGCGUUGGGGUCAGCCUUCCAGGGCCAUGCCAUGGGUCAUUCCAACGGUACUUCUACAACGAGGAUUCUCAGAAAUGCGAGCAAUUCACGUAUUCUGGAUGUGGAGGAAAUGGUAACAAUUAUGAGAGCAGAGAGGCUUGUGAGGACAGAUGUGCACCACCACCAGUUGGAUUGCCAAAGUGUGAAAUUGGAGAGCCACUUAAGACUAAGAUCGGAGUUCCAGUGAACUGUGCUAAGACCGACUGCCCAUCCGGAUAUCGUUGCAGUGUUGUCCAACACUCGAGCGUCUGCUGUCCAGAGAACAAUAAGGUAGUUGGCCUCCAAACCAGCGGAGCCCGUGCCACCCGCUGCUCCCUUCCAAAGGAACGUGGACCAUGCGACAAGUAUGAACUUCGUUUCUACUUCAACGCGGAUCUCAACGAGUGCAAGUACUUCUUCUGGGGAGGAUGUGAAGGAAAUCAGAACAAUUUCGAGAGAGUCGAAGACUGUGAGAGUGCAUGCGGAGUGCAAAAAUCUGGAGUCACCAACAGACCAAAUACCGAGAUAAGAACCACCCAAGGAAUCAGAAUUACUCCAAACGGCGGAAAGCUCAGCUGGGAAGAGACAGAAGAGGAUGAGGAGCACGCAGUGCCAACAACUACCCCAUUGGCUCCAUCAGCUCCAACUGUCAGAGUUUCAACGCAAAGAGCUCCAGUUCCAACAACGCCACGACCAACUGCUCCAGCUGUUCAAACCACAACUACCAGAGCUUCUAGACUCGAAACUACUAGAGUUCCAGUCAAAACUGUAGAAGAUGAGGAAGAGGAGGAAGAAGAGGUUGUCGAAGAGGAACAAGAGGAUGGAAAGGAAGAGCCACCACUCCAUGUCCAGCCACCAGUUUCUCAACAGAACACCGUACUUCUUGGAGGUAUCGAAGAUACGACGACUGACUCGGUUAACCGAUGCCUUCACCCACGUGACUCUGGAAACUGUCGAGGACAAUUUGUGCGUUGGUUUUUCGAUGAUGAGAAGAAGAACUGCGACGUGUUCACUUACACCGGAUGCCAAGGAAACGGAAACAACUUCGCUAGCAAAGAAGAGUGCAUGGCUAUUUGCCAUAAGCCAGAGCCAACACCAUCAGCUACUCCAGAUUUCUCUCAAGUAUGCUCCAAUGAUGUCGACGCUGGAGAGUGUAAUGGAGUCUUUGAACGAUUCGCAUUUGAUGCCGAAGCUCAAGAUUGCCGCGCCUUCACUUAUGGAGGAUGCGGAGGAAAUGGAAACAACUUUGCUACUAUGCAAGAAUGCCGUUCGAGAUGUGUCAUGGCAAUGAAGAAGUCCCCAGUUGCAACAUGUGAAGCUGACAUUGAGGUUGGAGAGUGCGCCGGAGUCUUCUCGAGAUUUGCAUUCGACAAAUCAAUCAAUGCCUGUAGAAGCUUCACCUAUGGUGGAUGUGGAGGAAAUGCUAACAACUUCGCUACACUUCAAGAGUGUACAAACAAGUGCGUCAAUAGAGGUGUAUGCCCUGAGCCACCAGCGUGUGACACAAACAGAUGUCAACUCGUUAAUGAUCGUUCCGGAUGUCCAUUCUGCUCAUGCCCACCAGUCAAACAGGCAUCUCCACCAGGAUCAAUUACCUCUAUUCCAAAAGAGUCUCUUCCAAACUGCCCACCACUGGAUAGAUCUGCUUGCCGCGACCCAUGCAUGAUGUUCCAUAACCGUCAAGGAUGCGAAGAGUGUAUCUGCCCACAAACCGCCCCAACCCCACCACAUGUUCCAACUGGAAGGCCAACCACUGUUGGACAAGCUCAGCCACCAGCAUCUAGCUCCAGAAGAGUCACUGAGGUCGGACCACCAGCUCCAAGAACUACCGAGGCUGCCCCACCAGCUCCAUCUUCCCAGCCACCAAGACAAUUCGCUGUUAACACACUUCAACAUCAACAAACUAAGCCAGACCAACUUCCAAAUCUUCCACGUAACUUAGCUGCUCAAAUCGAAGAGAAGUGUCUUCAGCCAGUCGAGCCAGGACCGUGCAAAAACUUUGCCGAUCGUUGGUACUUCAAUGUCGACGAUGGAACCUGCCACCCAUUCAAGUACGGAGGAUGCGCUGGAAACAGAAAUCACUUCUUCACACAGAAGGAGUGCGAAGUUCAUUGCGCCAGAUUCUUGAGCGGUUCACCAACGUCUUCUACUUCUGCACUACCAAAGCAUGCUAAAUUCUCACCCACCACCUCCGAAACGGAAUCUUCCACAUCAGCGGAAGACGUGGAGUCAAGUAGCAAGAAUGAAGAACUCGAAGCGUUCCCAGCUCCAAAGCUUCAUCGUCAAUUUGCCUCCCCGAUUUUCAAGCCAGUCGGCCCUGGACCUCAAGCCUAUGAUUCCGAGAAAAUUGAUAACUACUCCCCACCAACUCCAAAUGUUAACUUGGUCGGUCUGAGCCCACCGGUUCAUCCAACUUACUUCACAUACAACGGGCAAGAUCAGGGACAGAGAAGAGCCUUUUCUGCCGGACAACAACAAGGUGCUGAAAAUCGAAUUGAAGUUGGUCAGCAGUUGGAAGCUUUUGGAUCACAAAGACCGCAGCUACCGACGCACCUUCAAGGUAACAACUUUGUUCAAGGAAGAGGACGAUUUGAUGGCCGGCAGAGAUUUGAAGUUCCACAAGGAUCCACGUCUCCAUCUCAACCUUUAGAGGAAAUUCCUGUGACUCAAAGCCGUGAAAGAUUUGACAACCGACAACGCGCAGAAGCCCCACAAGGAUCUCAACGCCAAGAGCAUCAAACAUCCACCGCCCCAUCUGAGCCAUUAGAGCAUAUUCCAGUGGUACAGAGCCGCGGAAGAUUCGACAGUCGCCAACGUGUCGAGGUUCCACAAGAAUCCAUCCGUCCUGCCGAAGCUACAACAAUUCCCCGUCAUCUUGGCGAUGUAACAACGUCGACUUCUUCAUCAAGCCGAUCAUCUCAAGUGUCUCGUGCUUCUGAACCAGAAAUCGUUCGACCAAGAGCUCCAGAGCCACCACAAUCUAGAUUCCAUCCAAAAACGGUGACUCGGACGGAAGAGGUCCCAACGCCAAGAGGUGCUGAAACAUUUGGAAGAUCCACCCAGCAGGUUACCGUACAACCAAGAGUCGCUGGUGUCACGUCGUCAACUAGAGAUCAAGAAGCUACAAGAAGAUCUCAAGGUCCAGCAGAAUCAGUUCGUGUUCCAUCUAGAGCACCUGAAACUAGUAUUAUCGGACAUCAAGUGUCAUCCUUCCAGUCUCCAUCUACACCUACACAAGAAACAUCUAAAUUCCCUCAUAGAUUUGUAACACCUUCUACUGGAUCACAAACCAAGACACCGUGGUAUCAAACCACUUCAGCUCCAUGGUGGCUGCAAAGUCCAGCCACUUCAAAGAAGAAACCAGAGUUGAAAAUUGAGAAGCUAGAAAAGUCGAACCAACAACAAUUACCAGCUCGUUUCAAUUUUGAUCCGACCCGUUAUACAUUCUACAAUGGCGAUUACUUUGGUCCAACCAUCCCCGGCAUCAGAAUCAAUAAAACCCAAGAAGGAGGACUUUUUGUUCAAGGAGGAUCAGUAUCGGAAGGAGAUAAUUUGGAGGCUCAAGAGGCAUUUGAGCAAUUUAAGCAACUGAGCAAAGGUUUCCAGCAGCAGGCAAAUGAGUUUUUAAGGCAGGAGAAGAAAGCUGGUAGAACACCUCAACAUGGAUCUUUUAUUAUUGGAUCUGUGAAGGUUGGAGAUAAUGAAGGCAUCCACGACGACGAAGAUGAAUCUCUUGAAGAGCAAGAGCACCCACGUAGCAGAGCCCACGGUGUCCCAAUUCAUCCAACUGUGCCACUUGUAGUACCCACCUAUUCAUCCCCACUCCCAGCUGUCCGUGGACCAAACGGUAAGAUUGAAGGUCUCGAGACGAUCGCAGCACACCAGGAGGCUCAUCCACCAGCACCGAGUACUUUGAUUGUGCCACGUAGGAUUCAAGGAUUCCAAGUCACCAGGCCAACCACCACCACCACCCAGACCCCGCGCACUACUACAAAAGUUACGAGCACCACCACCGCCACCACCAAUACUCCUAGUACCUCUGAAUCUGAGGAGUUGGAGGAUGAAUCCUCUGCUCCACAGCAACCACUUCCGGUAAUCAAAGAAGUUCAAGAAGAGCAAGAUGUGAAGAACUUCCAAGUUGUGGAUCUCGAGAAAAUUGUCGCACCAAAAGCCAAGGUUGUCAGUGAGGAGUUUGAUAGAGAUAUGAUGUUAGGAAGCGGAGAAGGAUCGGGAAUUUCUUCAGAGUUUGAAAUGACAUCUGAGGAGGAGCAAGAAGUUUCAGAGCGCCCAGUUGAAAUUCCAGAAGUACCAAAGGUGUCGAAUGUGACCCCAGAACUUCCUGAAACUACAGAGACUCCGGAAGAGCCACCUGUGUCAACCAGUUCACCGAAGGCAUCAGAACUACCAGAAACUCGAGAGCAAGCCCCAGUAGAUUCAAGCUCUGAAGAAGCUUCCACGGAAGCACCAGAAGUUUCGAGAGCUCUACCAACCACUUCGAAAGCUACACAAGCCUCCAAAGUCCCAGAAGUUCCCGAAGAAAGAAGAAGAGUUGCCCAGAAAUCUGAAGAGGUUUCAACAUCAUCUCAAGCAUCCCCAAGCACCCAACGACUUUCUGUCAUUUCAUCGGAGGAUGCUUCCUCUGAAUUUGAAAUGGAAUCUGCUGAAGAAGUCAGCACCACCGCCCCACUGAAAAAGAUUCAGAUUAGACCACGAGGUUCCACAACUACCUUGCCUGCUCAGGAGACACAACCUGUCACCACCACCACCCAAUCCUCCACAGUCCCAUACACUUCCCCAACCACCACUUCUCAAGGCACUCCUAUCCCUGUUCAUCACCCAGUUAUCACCCCAUCAUCAGGCACCACCCAAAGACACCAGGCGGCAUCAGCCGAAAUGAUCACAUCAUCCGAGAGUGGUGAAGUCGUCAGUGACUUUGCUUUCAACUCGGACGAAGAGCAUGACGAGAACACGGAAAUUGUUGAAACUACAGAACCAGUGAGAGCCGCCGGAUCAAAGACCUUGGAAGCUGUAAAAGCUGUCGAAACUGUCAAGCAGCAUAAGGAACAAGAGCCAAACGGAAUCAGCAGAACUAUGGAAAAUGUAAAUCUCGAUUUGACCGAAUCCGCACCAACUGGGCUCCCAGUCUCCAUUGUCACCGCAGCUCCAACUGUUCAAGCUAGCGUCGUUCCACUCGGAACCACACCUCAACCACACUUUGAGCCAAAGUUUGACGGAAGAGUCGUGUGUGCUAUGCCGCCAGACGCUGGAGUCUGCACCAACUACACUCCAAGAUGGUUCUUCAACAGCCAGACCGGACAAUGUGAGCAGUUUGCUUAUGGAUCAUGCGGAGGAAAUGAGAAUAACUUCUUCGAUAGAAAUACUUGCGAGAGAAAGUGUAUGCCACAUCACGUGAUCCUCGCCCAGGUCCCAGACCGUUGCUCAUUCGACAAGGACUCUGGAAGCGGAAAGGGAUACAACGUCAAGUGGUACUUCAACAUGAAGAAUCUCAGAUGCGAGCAAUUUGUGUUCGAGGGACUCGGAGGAAACACCAAUCAGUUUGAGACUCUAUCAGAGUGUGAGAGAAUUUGCACACCAUCCGGACCAAAGACCCCAACUCUCCCACCAACUCCAACUCCAGCCACGGUCGCAGUACCGGUCCCAGCCCAAACUCCAAAGGUCCCACAACUCCCAAUUGGAGCCCCAGGAAGUCAAGUGCCUCUCCCAACCCCAACCACAGUGAUCGAGAAAACUACCCCAACUGUUGUUGAUUCUCAAGAAGAGGAGUACGAUGAUGAGGAAGAGGAUCCAAUCAUUCUUCCAGAGACCAACGAAAUGCCACCGAUGCCAGGAUUGGCUCCAGCCAACACUUUCGGAACCAGCCAGUUUGGUGUCAACGGAUUAAUCGAUGAUAAUGUCGAAUUGAGACUCCCAGAAGUUGCUACUACUUCUAGAAUUGCUAUCCCACAAGUCCCAACUACAGUUGCACCAGUUGCUCCAGUUGCUCCAGUUGCACAACCUGUGCAGCCAAUUCAGCCAGUUCAACCAGUUCAAUCAGUUCAGUCACUUCCACAGCCAGCAGAAAUCCCACGUGUCGUUGUCCCUCAGUCCCCAGGAACUCCACAACCAGUAGUUCCACAAGUUUCGAUCGUCACUCCUCAGGCUCCACAACCAACAGCAGCUGCUACUUCUGCAUCAACUGGACCAAUUGCUCCAGAACCAACGACUGCUGCCCCGACAACUACUGAAACCACCCCACUUCCACCAUCAUUGGCUCCUCAUCCACCAGCUGCUCACGCCGCCAAGACUGUAAUCCCAACAUACAAGGCAGAGCCAGUACUUGGUCGUGAACAAAUUCCAACUGCUAACGACGGUCAACCAAUUGUUGGAGCUUCUCCAAAGGAGACCGUCAAUUAUCAAACUGGAGCCAAGGCUUCCGGAAUUAGAAGCUUUGAUGGAUCCCAAGACCAAAAGAUUUCCGUAGACAUCUUCAACAAGGGAGCCGACGGACCAACUAAAUCUAUUAAUGGAAUGCCAGCUUGUGCUAAUGGGCGUACUGAAGUCAGAUAUUCUGAUGGACGUCCAGUGAUGUGCCUUCCAGGAAAGAACCAAUGCCCAGACGGAUCAUCUUGCUACUUCAACGGAAUCGACUUCUUCUGCUGCCCAGAAGAAGAAGAUCCAUAUGACAAACACGCCUUCGGAGGAUAUGGUGGUGAUGAAACCAAGAAUGGAUACAAAGUUUUCGGAGCUCUCAAUAUUAGACGACUAAUGGACGAGGUGCCACUAAGACAGAAGCGUCAAACUUUUGGAAACAGCAACAGUUUCAACAUCGACUCAGUAGUCGCUCCACUCAGAUUCGACGCCGAGAAGCCACGCCAAGUUUCUCGUGCACUUCGCAUGAAAUCAUCCGCGGCAGUUCCACGUCAUGGAGCCAACCCACUUUGCAUUCAGCCAGUCGUUAAGGGAUCUUGCCAGGAGGCUCAUCUCAGAUACUACUACGAUAGAGUCACCGAUUCGUGCAGAUUGUUCGAAUACUCUGGAUGUGAUGGAAAUGCCAACAAUUUUGGAUCUUUGGAAGAUUGUCAACGUCUUUGUGUUCUUAAUAUCCAGAGCAUCAAGAACGGUAAGGUCGCCACCACCACCGCCGCGCCACAGAUCACUCCAGAAGAGGAGGAGAAACUUGCGCCAGGACAAUGCCCAGGAGGGCGUGCACCACUUGGAGGAUCUUCUCCAGUUCUCUGUGGAAACUCCGCCGAGUCCAUCGGAUGCCCAACUAGCUACUACUGUCGUAGAGGACCACCAGAUGUCUGUUGUCCAGGAGUUGAUCCAAAAUUGAUGCAACCAGAAGAGAUUGUCAAGGAUGUGUCUCGUGGAGUUGUCAAAAACGAAUCUCACAUGCCACGUGGCUUCAAUCGCCAAAUCUUCCUGUCAACUCCAAAGUACAUGUGCCCAGACGCCGCCGAUCCAUUGAUGUUGGAGAACGGAGAACCAAUGCUUUGUGGAUCAGGAUUCGAUGGAGUCAAGAUGUGCCCCAAGGGAUACUAUUGCGCAAUUGAUUCUGCAAGAAAUUCUAGAUUGUGUUGCCCACUGUAUGGAGAUGCUCAAAGAAUCGCCUCUGAGGAGAUCUUUGCACCACGACUAGCCUCCAACACAGAAACAACCACAGAGGCUAAGGUUGAGAACAUUGACGUUGAAGAAUCAGAAGAUGAUGAGGAGGAGGAUGGAGAAGACUUUGUGGCUCACCUUCAAAUGAAGCCAAACAAGCCUGUAAAUCAGGUUGAGGAGCUUGCCAAGAGUUCUCCAAUCGCAGCAGAUUUGAGUGCAGAGGGAGGAGUGUCCAUUGAUUUGGGUGCUGAUGAGAAGAAGGAAGUUGAAGAGGAGGAUGUGACGACGACCACUGAAAAAAUGAUGGUUCAGGACAAGAGUGUUUGUCAGAUUAAGCCAUCGGAAGGACGCGUCUGUAACGAUUCCGAAACACCAACACGCACGAACCUUCAAUACUUCUACUCCCCACGUGACAACCGUUGUAAGCUCUUCUUCUUCCGUGGAUGUGGAGGCAAUUUGAAUCGAUUCGAACGAAAGUCCGACUGUGAAGCUCUGUGCCUGUAAUUGUUUUUUCUUUUUUUUUUCGUUUUUCUUAUUGACGUCCUUCUUCUAAGAUUUUCUCAUUCUUCCCACACCGAAAUCUCAGUUUUUCCUCUUUUUUUAAUUUUGCAGAACUCUUUUUUUUGAGUUUUCCUUGACUGAUUGAUAUUUCUUCCAAAGUUGCCAAGCCUUAAUUUUUACGUUGUACGUUUUUUUUCACAAAUCCACAAAAUUCUAUAUUUAUUUUCUCUGUAACUUUGCUCCUGGGCUCAGCCAUCCCUAAUAAUAUGUAUGACCCAAAAAUAAUAAAUUAAUAAUAACUUAUUUGUAUUAUUAGAUUUAGAAAUAUAAAUUACGUUGCAUUGAAAGUUAAAAAAAUGAAUAAAUUUAUUUAUUUUAA